ACACCACGGCCGUCUCCCAUCUCCGCUCCAUCUCCUCCCAAUCUGUCUCACGAUGCUGUCCAGAGCUGCCCGUCCGGCUCUGCGAGCGGGCGCCCAGAGCGCUGCCCGCCCGGCCACCCUCAAUGCCACCAAUGCCGCCACCUACGCUACGCUGCGUGAGAUCGAGGGCCGCUUGAAGUCGAUCCGCAACAUCGAGAAGAUCACGAAGACGAUGAAAAUCGUCGCCUCGACCAAGCUCACCCGCGCCCAGCGCGCCAUGACCGAGUCCCGGAAGUACGGCCAGACGUCCAACCUAGUUUUCGAGAAGGCCGAGACGAAGCCGAUUGAGGGCGAGGGCAAGAAGACAUUGAUUGUUGUCUGCAGCUCGGAUAAGGGCCUCUGUGGUGGUAUUCACUCCGGCAUGUCGAGGAAGACGCGUGCCAUCCUCGCCGAGAAGCCUGACAUCGAUCUUGUCGUCCUUGGAGAGAAAUGCAAGGCGCAAUUGGGCAGAUCCAAUGGCAAGAACAUGCAGCUCAGCUUUGCCGGCAUUGGAAAGGACGUGCCAACGUUCGCCGAUGCUCAGGCCAUUGCGGACCAGAUCGCCCUGCUCCCGACCGACUACGCCUCCGUCCAGAUCAUCUACAACAAGUUCAUCAAUGCGACAAGUUACGAUGCCACCAUAAUCGAGGCGUACUCCGAAGAGGCCAUCCUCAACUCUCCAAACUUUGCCGCCUUUGAGAUUGAUGAUGAGGUGCUCGCCAACCUCCGCGAGUACUCGCUUGCCAAUUCGCUGUUCUGGGCGCUGGCUGAGGGUCAUGCUUGUGAGCAGUCUGCCCGACGGAAUGCCAUGGAUAACGCGUCCAAGAACGCCGGCGACAUGAUCACCCGGUUCCAGAUUCUUUUCAAUCGCACUCGUCAAGCCGUCAUUACCGGCGAACUCGUGGAGAUUAUCACUGGUGCUGCGGCUUCAGAGGAGUAGGCUGGAGCGACUUAUAGCAUGUAUCUGUGUCCGAUCAAGCGCCAACCGAGGCUCAAAAUCCACCAUUGAGGUGGUUGUAUGUAGAAUAAGUACUCGCUGUUCAUUGGG